AUGAAGCCCGAUAUCUCGCAUGCUGCAUAUUCGGCGCUUCUGUGGGCGUUGCAGCAAAAUGACUUCUUGCGCAGUAGAUGCACUGGCGUCCGCAGAGAUACCUCCCACUUAACCUCGCCUCCUAUACUAGCUCGCCCUUGGCACCCGGACAAUCCUUACACUGCAAAUAGGACAGUGGGGAUAUACAUGUCAUACCAUCCGACGAUAGACAAGCUGUGCCUCACUGACUGCGGAUUUGUUAUUCAAUAUGAGCAAGAUGAUGUUGCUUCUGAAGUUUGCUUCCGAGUAUCCGCUCCCAGGAUGUAUAAUGCAUUGGAGCACCGCUCAAGGUCCGAUCUGCGAGGGGUUUAUCUUAAACUCAUCCCCUCGCAUGGACUCGGAUAUGCACGUGAUGGUUUUGCUAUUGAUCUCUUCAUACUUGGACUUGACGGAAGCUGCUGUAACAACAUCCUCAUGGAGCAGUCACCCAAGUGUGAAACACUCAUAGCGAACCCCCAUGCUGAGAGCGUGGAUGCUGCACUAUUCAUCUGCUUCCGACAUCACCGUCACGCCAAAUCGGUCCGAUUAUCCUCAGAUGAGACAACAUUAUCGCUCACUUUCGCAUUGCAAGCGCACGGGAGAAGCGUGAAAGUCCGAUACCUUUUGUACGUAUCUGACCUCACUAAAUCCAUGCUCGUAGCGUUGGUAUCCGUCGGCUUCACGAAUUUUAAUUCUUGUAUCCAACCGCCCUAUGACGAUGACUCUAUGCUUAUCUUUAUAAUUUGA